UCUGAAGCGCGUGCUGCUGAUCGGUCGGUGGCGUCAGCAGGAGCGGCCGUUCUCUGUCUGCUGUGGCUGUGUGCGUGCGUGCGUGCGCGUGCGUAUAUGAAUGUAGUGGUUUGCGCGUGAACCAGCAUAACCAAAGACCAAGCAGGCCAGCGCGAGCCAGCAAGAAAGGCAGGCAGGCAGGCAGGCAGGCAGGCAGGGCAGAGAGAGGCAACCCGCGAGCGCUCAGCUAGCAACCGUACGUUACACUGCGAGAGAUGGUCACGUCCACACCGGGGGUCCUUCUGCUGCCGAUGCUAAUAUGUCUCCAGCACUGCAUUAACGUCCAUGGUACUAAGACAGAAUGUGAGGCUAGCCAGUUUCAGUGUGGAAAUGGUCGCUGCAUCCCGUCCGUCUGGCAGUGUGACGGAGACGAGGACUGCACCGACGGCAGCGACGAGAACUCCUGUGUUAAAAAGACUUGUGCAGAGGUGGACUUUGUGUGUCACAACGGCCAGUGUGUCCCGAAGAGGUGGCACUGUGAUGGGGAGCCAGACUGUGAGGACGGAUCAGACGAGAGCUUAGAAAUCUGCCACAUGAGGACGUGUCGUGUGAACGAGUUUAGCUGCGGCGCGGGCUCCACCCAGUGUAUCCCCAUCUUCUGGAAAUGUGACGGAGAAAAGGACUGUGACAAUGGAGAGGACGAGGUCAACUGUGGUAACAUCACCUGUGCUCCAAAUGAGUUCACGUGUGCCAGCGGCCGCUGCAUCUCUCAGAACUUUGUGUGUAACAGUGAGGAUGACUGUGGUGAUGGCUCAGAUGAGGUGGAGUGUGCUCCGUCCUCUUGUGGUCCCAGUGAAUUCCAGUGCGGAAACUCUUCGUGCAUCCCGGCCAGCUGGGUGUGUGACGACGACGUUGACUGCCAGGACCAGUCAGAUGAGUCUCCAUCUCGUUGUGGCCGUCACCCGACGCCGCCAGCCAAAUGCUCGUCUAGUGAGAUGCAGUGCCGCUCAGGAGAGUGUAUUCACAAGAAAUGGAGAUGUGAUGGAGACCCCGACUGCAAGGAUGGCAGCGAUGAAGCCAACUGUCCUGAAACAUCUGUACGCACCUGUGGACCAGAUCAGUUCAAAUGUGAUGAUGGAAAUUGCAUCCUGGGCAGCAGACAGUGUAACGGCAUCAGAGACUGCGCCGACGGAUCAGAUGAAGUCAGCUGCAAAAACAUGACUCAGUGUAAUGGGCCAGAGAAGUUCAAAUGUCGCAGCGGGGAGUGUAUAGAGAUGAGCAAAGUGUGUAACAAGGCCCGGGACUGUCCCGACUGGAGUGAUGAACCCAUCAAGGAAUGCAAUCUAAACGAGUGUCUUCUGAAUAACGGCGGCUGCUCUCACAUCUGCAAAGACAUGGUGAUUGGCUUUGAAUGUGACUGCACACCUGGACUGCAGCUCAUUGACCACAAGACCUGUGGAGACAUCAAUGAGUGUUUGAACCCUGGCAUCUGCAGUCAGAUCUGCAUCAACCUGAAGGGAGGAUACAAGUGUGAAUGUCACAACGGCUACCAGAUGGAUCCGACCACCGGAGUCUGCAAGGCUGUCGGUAAGGAGCCCUGCCUGAUCUUUACUAACCGUCGUGACAUCCGUCGUCUGGGUCUGGAGAGAAAGGAGUACACUCAGAUUGUGGAGCAGCAGAGGAACACAGUGGCUCUGGAUGCAGACUUUGACCAGCAGAUGAUCUUCUGGGCUGACCUGGGCCAGAAGGCCAUAUAUAGCACUGUGCUGGACAAACGAAGAGAUGAUGGUGCCCACAACAAAGUUAUAGACAACGUCCAGACUCCAGUGGGAAUCGCUGUGGACUGGAUCUAUAAGAACCUGUACUGGUCUGAUCUCAGCACCAAAACCAUUUCUGUAGCCAAUUUCAACGGAACAAAACAGAAAGUUCUGUUCAACAGAGGCCUUAAAGAACCAGCUUCCAUCGCUGUGGAUCCACUGUCUGGGUUUCUGUACUGGUCUGACUGGGGUGAACCUGCCAAGAUUGAGAAAUCUGGUAUGAACGGAGUCGACAGACAGGUUCUGGUGGCAACAGACAUCCAGUGGCCUAAUGGCAUCACUCUGGACCUAAUCAAAGGCAGGUUGUAUUGGGUCGACUCUAAACUGCACAUGCUUUGUAGCGUCGACCUGAACGGAGACAACAGGAAGAAAGUACUGCAGUCCUCAGACUACCUGGCUCAUCCCUUCGCUCUCACUGUUUUUGAGGAUCGAGUCUUCUGGACAGAUGGCGAAAAUGAAGCUAUCUACGGUGCAAACAAGUUCACCGGCUCUGACGUGGUCACGCUGGCGAGCAACCUGAAUGACCCCCAGGACAUCAUAGUCUAUCACGAGCUAAUCCAGCUAUCGGGUACUAACUGGUGCACAGAAAAAGGUGAAAAUGGAGGCUGUAGCUACAUGUGUCUGCCUGCACCACAGAUCAACAAACACUCUCCCAAAUACACUUGUGUGUGUCCAGAGGGACAGGAGUUGGCUGCUGACGGCUUACGCUGCAGACCUGACCCUUCUACCAAAGGUCCCUCAAAGGAUGAUGGGAAAGCUCUAAUACAGCCACCCCCAGAAGCCAACGUGAGCACGUCGAUCCAGGUGAACUCCACCGCCAGAGGGUCUGCUGCUGCGUGGGCCAUACUGCCUGUUUUGCUGCUGGCGAUGGCGGUGGCAGGCGGCUACCUGAUGUGGAGAAACUGGCAACUGAAGAACCAGAAGAGCAUGAACUUUGACAACCCCGUGUACCUUAAGACCACAGAAGAAGACCUCAACAUUGAUAUCACCCGGCAUAGCGCUAAUGUGGGACACACCUACCCUGCGAUUUCGAUAGUGAGCACAGAUGAUGAUUUGUCCUGAUCGUCUUGGUUGUGGUUUUUUUAAACUUUUUUUUUUUUUAGUUUUUUGGGUUUUUUUUCUUUUUUUUUUUUUUUUUACGGCAGCCUGUAAUGUUGCAUGGCGCCUCCUUGUUUCCAUGCCAACGGUUGUCCGUAGCAGCAGCAGCCCUUACAGUACGACCACAUGCCUUCUGAAGUGCAUUAUGUCAUUACCUGUGGUGAGGAUGACCUGAGGAAAUGUUAUUUAUUAUGUGAAUACUACAAUGAAUUAUGUGUCCGCUUUCACUCAGUGUGUCCAAUGUGUUAUGUUUUGGUUUUUUUUUUAUCUUUAUUUUUUGGGCCAUAGACAACUUCCUGCCUAUUUGUACCCUAGACUCAUAAAGGAGUCUGACAGCAUCUUCUCACAGCAGAUGAGAGAAAUGCGGUGAAUUCCCACUAUAUGAUUCUCUUACUGGGCUUUCUGUGUUCAGCCUGAACUGGAAAACUGACAAGACAAGUACAGUCUACUCUCACCGAACAAAUCAGCUCUGCUGGACAGGAUUUGAAACUAGAUCUGAGCUCUCAGUAUCCGACACGACGUGUGUUUAAAUCUGGCGGGAGACUCAAGGGUCAUUUAGUAAUGAAGCAUUCUUGGGGAAAACUUGGCCCAAAAAUUAAUUUCUUGCCUCAUCUGAUUCAAUAGGCUCAGAUGUGUUAAUAUUUAUCUACAAUCAUUUUUUUGGGCAGUAAUAUCUAAAAAAUGUAAGUUUUGUUUAUUUGUUAAUUUUUAUGUUUCCUAUGGUACCUCCUGGAGCUCAUUCUUACAAGCAGUUUUCUCAGUAGUUGUUGUUAUUGUUAUUAUUUAUUAUUAUAAGUAUUAUUAUUAUUGAUAUUAUUGUUAUUAUUAUUAUUGUUAUUAUUAUUAUUAUUGUUAUUAUUAUUAUUAUUGUAGCUCUGUAGGGAUAACCAUGGUUACAGCAUUUGUAAACACUGUACAUAGUAACCCAUCGUCCCUCGGAGACAUGACCGUCAAUCAGGACUCUCUUCAAUGCACUUUGAUCAAAUGUUCCUUGUGUAAAUAAGAUUGUAUACAUUUGACUUGAAAUCAAUUUUUUGCUAUUGUUGGGCAUCAUACCAGGGUUAGAGAUCAGAUGUAUUUAACAAGAAAGAAUAAGCUGAAAAAAGAGAAAAAAACAACACAACUGAAUUUGGUAAAACUAUUUUGUAUGUUUGUGUGCUGUUGCUGUGAACUUUUUCUAGCCUUGUACAGUGAAGGGGAACACUAUUAAAACUUACGAACUCUGUAUCUGUGAAGAAACUGAUUUGCAAAUCACUUGAGAAUUAAAACUUAAUCGACAAGAUUGUUCAAAACA